AUGGAACAAGCCACCUAUAAACACACUGACCUAACACCCUGUCCCCUGCCGCCCUACAAUCACCCCACACCCCCACACAUAUGCACGCUGUUGAACAAUGCAAACACGUACACAAUGAUCUCUCUCCAAUACAUGCAAGAGCGGAUCCCCUCGCGCACUGAAACCUGCAGCCGCACACAUGCAAAGAUAACGGGAAAAGUCCACAUAGCAGCUGUUGACGUCCACAGAAGCAGCCAGCCAACCGGCGAAUCUCGUUCUUUCCCCGCUCCCUACACCCCCUUCAAGAUUGCUGCCACGAUGGGUCGGAAGAAAAUACAAAUAUCCCGGAUCACAGACGAACGGAAUCGGCAGGUUACCUUCAACAAGCGCAAGUUCGGCGUGAUGAAGAAAGCCUACGAGCUAAGCGUACUGUGCGACUGCGAAAUCGCUCUCAUCAUAUUCAGUUCCAACAACAAACUCUACCAAUAUGCCAGUACCGACAUGGACAAGGUUCUACUGAAAUACACGGAAUACAAUGAACCACACGAGUCGCUGACGAACCGCAACAUCAUCGAGGCACUAACGAAGAAGGAGCAUAAGAACGGAGUGAUGUCGCCUGACAGCCCGGAGGCCGAGCCAGAAUACAAUCUCACGCCGCGCACCGAGGCCAAAUACUCCAAGAUCGACGAGGAGUUCCAGAUGAUGAUGCAGAGGAACCAAUUGAACGGGAGCAGGGUUGGGGUGGGCGUGACGGGCAGCAACUACAAUCUGCCCGUCAGCGUACCAGUGGGGAGUUACGACCAGUCCAUGCUACAAGCAAGCCCUCAAAUGCACACCUCUAUCAGUCCACGGCCUUCGUCUUCGGAAACCGAUUCUGUAUACCCGAGCGGCGGCAUGCUGGAGAUGUCGAACGGGUACCCGGGGUCCGGCUCGCCCCUGGGCGCGGGCUGCACCCCCUCGCCGUCCCCUGGGCCGGCGCCCUCGCCGCACCGCCACCCGCACAAGAGCCACGCCCACGUGCCGCCGCAUCACUCGCCCCGCCACAACAACCUGCGCGUCGUCAUACCGAGCUCCAUGCCGCCGCCGCAGGACGACAUCUCUUACACCGGAGAGACACCGCUUAGCUACUCAGGACUUGGAAAUUUUGGACCGCAGGACUUCAGCAUGACCUCGGAUAUGGGAAUCGGACUAUCGUGGGGCGCCCACCAAUUGCAGACGCUUCAGCACAACAGGUACAUCUUGCCCGUGCUGGGUGGUGGGGGGACCCCUCCGCCGGCGCCGUCGCCUAGCAACGUCAAGAUCAAAGCGGAACCGGUUUCGCCGCCGCGCGCCCAAGACCACAUGCACCGCGCCGCCCCGCCCGCCCCCGCACCGCAACCCGCGCAUCUCUCUGGAGUCAUUGAUGGUUCUGUAACGUCGAGUAACAUGGGCUCGCCUGCCGGGCAGGAUAUGAGGCACACCAACGCUGUACCACUCGACUACGAGCAGCCUCACACUAAGAGACAACGGAUCGAGGGUUGGGCCACA